AUGUCGUCCUUUUCGUCCAUCCUUACCUUCGCGUCCUUGGUCGCCAUCAGCCAGGCCCACGGCGUUAUUCUCAGCGCCCAGGGCCUCCAAGGUUCGCCGGCCAGUGUCGGAUUCCAAGUCCAACCCGAGCUCGCGCGGAACUGCACGGCGAUCAGCCCGUGCCAGCAAGACUCGACAAUCAUUCGAGACGCCGAGAUCGCCGCAAACAUAGUGAACGAGUGUGGACGCACUCAGCUAGCUGGCAAUAUUGACAUUGGGGAGAACACGGAGAAUGCGCUUGCUGGUGGUGCUGUCACCCAGGUCAAGAGGGGGUCGCAGGUCAAGGUCACCAUCCACCAGGUGAAUGCCGACGGUGCCGGCCCUUACACAUGUGAUCUGGUCGAGGCUGGAAACAACGGUGUCAUCACGCAAAAUCUCACCGUUGAGAACAACGUUCCCGGUGUCAACGGCUUUUCGCAGGCCAAGACUGAGCAGUUUGAGAUCCUUGUCACCAUGCCUGACGAGUUCACCUGCACUGGAUCCUCGGCGGGCAAUGUGUGCACCAUGAGGUGCCGCAAUAACGCGCAAGCCGGACCCUUCGGUGGAUGUGUCCCCCUCCAGCAAAUCGACACCGAGCCGAACGUCAACACUCCGGAGAACAUCCCUACGGUGCUCUCCCUGGAUAAGGUGCUGGCGCAAGUGGCACAAAACAACGCGGACCUCCCGGCUGCUAUCGGUGCUAUCAAAGACGCCGGAGCUGACCAGGCGCUCCAGAACGUGGCGGUUGUCAAGUCGAUCCUUAAGGAGACGAUAACGAGCUUGGCCGCACCGGUGCAGACGCCUAGUGUCAUCACAGGAGUCGCUGCUAGCACUACAACGACGGCUGCCCAAGCAACCACGACGACCGCACGCAACGGUAACAACAGGGGAAACUCUGGUAACGGCAAUGCGAAUACCGGUAACGGCAACACGAAUACUGGAAAUGGCAGAGGAAAUGGCAACAACGGCAACAACAAUGCCAACGCUGGCAACAACAACAACGCGAACGCUGGCAACAACAACGCGAACACCGGCAGUCGAGGCAAUAGUGUCGCUGAGAACGCCCCUCAGCGGAGGCGGGCGACGACGUUCGUUGCGUAGACGGAGCGAGCAGUGCGACCAUCUAGGUCCGCUUCCCCCUUUCCGGUUGCGCCCCAGCGGUUGUGCUUACAAGGAGCAGAGAGGCACGUG